UAGACGUGCGCUGUUCACGUUUGACAGCUGUUUGAUGGUAAAUAAAGCAGGGAUUAAAAAAAGGCCAAUCAAAACCACGAAAGCGAAAGUCGCGAUUGUUUUGGGUGGUGUAUCCCAGUAGCAGAAGCAAUCCCUAGAGAAAAUCUACCAAAUCUGUGAUCUAAAAAGAUGCGCCUCUAAACAACAUCCGCUAGGCCGCUUGGAGGUUGAAUGUGCGCUCGCGCGUUUUGCGUUGUGUGUACGAGGCACUGAAGUCUGCACAAUUCUAACUCCACCCAACACCGACCACGACGUCGACCAGGCGGACAAAGACAAGGGCUAGGAGGGCUUUCCAGUCCAAGAUGGAGUGUGACGAUGCGGCCGUGGAACGCCAAAAGCUAGUGUCGAACGAUGAGGAAGAUGAUCAGAACACAAUCACAAACCUUUCCUCGAGCGGGCAGGCAAAAUCCGUACAGACGCCCAUCUCACCCGUUCUGAGUAACAAGCUAUUUUCCAGUGGCGAAACUAGCCGAAGCCAAAACUCCACCAGCUACUCACUGGGGAAAGGAAUCGCGAACGAUGCUCCACUGACCACUAAAGUCAACUACGUUAACGAACGCAAAGCGCAGGAUACGAAGCCAAAGGCUAAAAAAAUCCAACGAGAGCUCACACCCACCGGUGGUAUUCCAAACACCAACACCAUCACCACCACUGCCACCGUUGGCACCACCUCUUCCAGCACAAGUAGUAAUCUCCCGGACGGACCGAUCACAACGGCCGUACCCAACAGCAACGUAUCGCGCCAGCUUAAAUCUCCGCCAUCACAGUACCAACGCCCUAAGCCACCAGAUUCGUUACCCUCGCCCUCAAGCAGUGGUAUAGGGGGUGGUGGUGGUGGUGGAGGCACAAAACUACGCAACAACCCUAGCGUCAAUCCUGUAUCGUCUGCCUCGGGCAGCUCUAUAACGCUCAAUGCAAAAUCGCACAAUUUCUCAUCCCGUCCAUUAAAACAUCAUUCUUUUAUAUCAGAGGUACCCGACGUGCGGCAUAUGGAACGGGCCCUGCUGGGGCUGCUGGAGGAUUUCCAUUCGGGCAAACUGAAAGCUUUCGGUUCCGGCUGCACGAUGGAGCAGAUGACGAGCAUCCGCGAGCAGCAGGAAAGUUUGGCGAAGCUACACUUUGACCUUGGCACAGAAGCAUUUACCGGUGGCAGCAACAAUCCGAACACCGACAACGAGCUGCAGGCGCAAAGCAAUAUGAAGAAGCUGGUGCAAAAGCUGGAACAAUUGUCCUUCUCCAUCGAGAAGCUCCAUUCAAGCAAUGUAGAGAAGUAAUUGGAUAAACAGACUGACUUAACACGCGUUAGUCUAUAACUAUGUAGGAUAAAUUAAUAAGGGAGAGGUUCUCCGUUCCGAAUCUUCGAUUACGAACUGGAACUCGUAUAAUGGCCGGACCGAAGAGACAAGCGGACGGAAAGGUGUAGGCGUGCGUGGAACAACGCAGAGACGGUUCUUUCCGUGUUCCUGUUUUACGCCGAAAAACAUGUUUUAUACAUUUUUGGGAAUUAAACACAAAUUUUAUGUUA